AUGGGCGCCGCCAUCUUGCCAGAAACCACAUACUCGCCUGGGCGCCGCCAUGUUGCUGGAAACCACGUGUCGGCAUGGGCGCCGCCAUCUUGCCGGAAACCACGUGUCAGCAUGGGCGCCGCCAUUUUGCCGGCUGACCCCGGCAGGGAGAUGCGCUGGAACAAGGGCACGAUCCUCAAGGCCUCGGUGGAUUACAUCCGCAAGCUGCAGAAGGAGACGCAGCGAGCGCGGGAGCUGGAGCUGCAGCAGCAGCGCCUGGAGCAGCAGAACCGCAGCCUGCAGCUCCGGGUGCAGGAACUGGAGCUCCAAGCCCAAAUCCACGGGCUCCCCCUGAACCCCCCCACGGCCGAGGGGGGCUGCGAGGAGCCCUCGGGGGGGGGUCCCCCGUUCCCGCCCCCCACCCCGCAGUGCCUGCUGGAGCUGCCCCCGGGGCUGGCGCUGCCCCUGGCGCUGGGGGGCCCCGAGGGGACCCUCGAGGACAUCCUGAUGGACGAUGGCGGGGGGCUGUCCCCGCUCGGCCCCCCCGGCGCCCUCCUGGCCUCGCCGGGCCCCUCAAGGGCCUCCAGCCCCCGCAGCAGCCUCAGCAUGGAGGACGAGCCCUGAGAAGAGCCCGGCCCUGGGGGGGAUUUUUAGGGACCCCUCCCCAUCUUUUUGGGACCCCCCCGCCCUCCCUGAGGUGUUCUGGGUGGGCCCCACCGGGCGCCGUUUGAAGACUCUUAAAGUGGGCGGGCACUUUGUAAUGAAGGCCCCUCUCCCUUAAGGGGUGUUGCCCUUUUAAGGCAGCUCAUGUGGGACCCCCUCUCUUAAAGGGGCUCGGCUGGGCGUGGCUCGUUGGAAAGGAGGGGGCGGCCCCCUCCAUGUGUGGCCCAUUUAAGGCGCUGGCGCCGGGCCCCACCUGGGCGUGGCCCUUUGAAGAUGCCGCCGAAAGCCCGCCCCUCCGUAAGGCCACGCCCACUUUCCGGCUCACCCAAUCAGAGGGCUCCUGGGGGCUGGGCCCUCACACGGUUUAUGUGCGUGAAUGUGGCUGUGCGGACGGAUCGUGAUACAAAGUAGUCCCAGUCGGUGCUGGGAGUGUGGAAGGCGGAAACGCGGAGGCACAUUCGGCAUCGGUUGUGCAGCGUCACGCGCUGCGGAGGGAUCUCUCGGUGAUGCGACCGUGCCCGGGCCCUCAGGGUCCGGCAGAGACAGAGGCGCGGAAGGAUACAUGCAAGGCGCUGCAGUGUUCGCUUGCUGUGCUGCCGUGUAUAGACCCGGUGGCGGCAGAAGCGGCGUGACCGGGCACAGGGAUGCCGGCUGUGGCCGGACAGCGGCCCGGGACCGGGCUCGGAACCGGGACCGGGCAGUACCGAAACUGCAGCCAGAGCAGUGGGGGGUGGCGAUGGGGCCGUGGAGAGAGAGCGCUGCGCUUGGAUGAGGCGGGGCGGAGUGAUAUCGCUGGGGCGGGGAGUGGAGCAGCCGCGCAUGCGUGGGGUGCGUCACUGGGUCAGCGUGAGGGAGCCGUGAUGGCGGCGGGGCUGCGGCUGCGGCCGUGGAAGGGAACGCCGGGACGCCCGUGGUUGCCGGAGGGUGCGGGGCCGCGGUAACGCCGGUGGGCGGGCUUGGAGAGGUGAAUUGAGGGGCGGGGCCGCGAGGAUGCCGAAACCGCGGGCGGGACCCGCGGUAGCCGGGACAGCAGGGACCAAGGGGACGGCAAUGGCGGGAGCGGGACAGCGGGUACCGGAGCCGUGGGGUCCUAGGGGAGGUGGGGACGUGUCCCGUUGUAGACUCAUAGCGGCAGCAAGGCUGUUGCGAGCAUCCCCCGUGCAGCAAAGGGCUCCAGCGGCAGCCCCGGCCCGGCGGGAGAUUCUGUUAAAGUGCUUCAUUCCAACUGUGUCCCAAAAAUCUCUGUUAAAGACGGCUGAACUGUCAGCAUUUGGGAAAUUCAAUAAAGUUUUUUAACUCCUUUUUCGGUAACUGA